ACCGCCCCAUUGGGAAAGUCCCUGCGGGUCGAGACCGCCUUCCUUUUCCUCUUUGUUCCAAAAUGGAAGCUGGGUUUUGAGAGGGGUUUUUGUUUUUUAUGUGUUGGAGCAAAGCAGCAGUGCAACCAUACACCUCCUUUCUUCUCCUGCCCUUGGCUCUCCAAGAAACAAAAGCAAAACCCAGCAGCAAGAAGGAGGAGGCACAGCAGCAGAGAUGGGCAUGGCUGGAAGAAGACCUGGGGCGCUUUGCCAUGAUCCUGGCACCUCUUGGCUCAAACCAGUGGCAGCUUCUUAGCCUCCUAACAGCUGAUACUGUCCCCUGAACAAAGCGUAAACCUGCAGCCAGCGAUCUCUCAUGAUGCCGAGCGGCGGGAGGACUCUGGAUGAAUUCGCCGUGUCGGAGGAGGCGCAGGAGGUGGUGACACAGCACCGGCCCCGCAUUGAACAGCUUUUUAGAGUUGAGCUAAACAUCCUGGGGGUGCUGGGGUUGGCACAGAGCCCCAGUGGGGAUGCCCAGGGGGAACGGAAGAUUUGGCUGCAGUUGCAGGGCCAUGGAGACAGUCUGCAGAGGGCAAAGGAAUAUAUCAAAGGCCUUUGUGCUGCAGAGCUGAGUGAAGAGGUUUACUACCCUAAAGACAUGCAGUGCAUCUUUUUGGGAGCCCACGGGUUAUUCUUGGACUGUCUCAUCCAAGGGACUUCUGCCCAUGUUACCUUCCUCCGUCCUGGAGUCUUGUUGAUCUCAGGUUUGGCUGAAGCUUUUGUCAUGGCCCAGAGCCGGAUCCAUGAAUUUGUGGGAAAGUAUCAGAAGAACCUCAAGCUGCCUGAGGAACGGGAGGCCCAGGUCAAGCGAGCCUUCCGGGAUUUGGUGGAAACCUAUGACGACAAACAUGCCAUGGACCUCUUGAUCUUGCCCACUUCAGUCAAAGAGGAGUUACUGAACUUGGUGAAGGAGAUUCAACAAGAAGCCAGGGAAGACAGACAUGGGAAUGGGUGCUGGACACCACCUGGCUCUGAACAAAACUCUUCUCUAGAGUGGGAAAUUGUAACUUUGGGUGGUGGCAGGCCAGAAUCACCAAAAAGACCUCAACAUAUCUAUGGCUUGCCCAUGGGGCUAACUACAAUUCAAGAAGAGAGCAGAAGUAGAGACUGUAGUGUUGAACUGCCUGCAGGCUUUGCCAGAUCUCAAGAAACUCCUCAUAAGUCCCAAAAUUCUAUACAACCACAAUAUUCUGGUAGGCCUCGAGAUGCUAGGACUGACAUGCCGGUCAUGGUUGGUAGGCCUCAAGACCAGGUUCUACCUCAGGUGUCAAGGGUUGACUUUCACAGAGGCUUUACUGACUCUGAAUUGAACACCAAGCCUCAGGGUUUCAUGUCUGGUUUGAAUGGUCUUCAGAGUUGGCAUGAGGCAAGUGCUUUAAGGCCAGCGCUCCCUAGGAGUUCCCCCCAACCAAUUCCAGCUGCAAAGACUACUCAUAAGACGUGGGCCUUUCCUGGUUGCACAGAUUCUUUGGAAGAUAAGCAAGAGGAACGGAAUAGUUCUCUUUGUGCAAAGGAGUCCAGUCCUGCUAGCUUGCCUGAAGAAACCAGUGAGGAGGAGGUGUCCUCAGACAUCCAGUUGUCAUCGUGGACAGAGAAGGAGUUCAAAAUGAGGCUAAACUUCUUUAAGACCAUGGGUUAUGAGGAGCGGGUAGUUAAGAAAAUACUGUUGGAAGGUGGGGUGCAGGAGGCUCCUUCCACCAUCUUGGACAGGGUCCAGAUGGCUGAAGCUGGCUUGUGCCAGAAAGGAGAUAUUGUCCUGCCCCAGAUAGAGCCCGGGGGGAAAGAGCAUUCUCCAUCUCCAGAUAAGAGGCAGGAUGAAGAUGAAUAUCUGAAGGAACUCAUCAAAGCAGCCGUAGCCAACUGUGGCCACUCGCCCAGUGAGAUCCCUACAGAGAUACAAACUGGAGCGCCCCUAGCAGAUCUUCUGAGGCGGCUCCAUGAGAGAGGGGAAGUUCAAGAAGUGAUGGAAGGGGCAACAAAGCCGGAACAUAAAGAGCAGUCUGGUGUCCGGAAGGCAGCCAUUUUGACUCACGGGGAAUCUUCGCAGUGGAGGUCUGAGAUGGAUACAGGGCGGAACAAUGGGUCCCCUUUCCAGGAGUGGACCCAUGCAUCACCACCUAAACCAACUGUUGCUGCUUUGCCGCCUGACACUCCCACCGGUGGUAAUUCCUUCUUUUGUACAUCAAAUUCUGAGGGUAGCCAUUCCUCAGAAUGUACCAGCCUUGGACCUCAGGGCUCGAUUUCUACAGUAACCGGAGCCCAACGCUUUGAGGAAGCCCUCCAGGCGCAGUUCAAGCUCAAGCUGGCCAACACACCAGGCAAAAAGAACCUGCGGAUGGUCAUCAUUGAUGGCAGCAAUGUGGCCAUGAUGCAUGGUCUGAACCAGUUCUUCUCGUGUCGGGGCAUUGCUUUGGCUGUACAAUACUUCUGGGACCGUGGGCACCGGGAGGUGACAGUCUUAGUACCUCAGCAUCGGAUGGAAGAAGAUUCCAACGUGAGAGAGCGGCACUACUUGGUUGAGUUACACAAGCUGAGCAUCCUCUCUCUCACACCCUCCCGCAAAAUAGAUGGGAAAGGCAUUGUCCCGUACGAUGACAGGUUCAUGCUCAAGUUAGCCGAACAGACAAAUGGCGUCAUUGUCACCAAUGACCAGUUCAGAGAUCUGGCCAAAGAGUCCAAGAAGUGGAUCAAGAUCAUCAAGGAAAGCCUGCUGCAGUACAUCUUUGUGGGGAACAUCUUUAUGGUUCCUGAUGACCCCUUGGGACGUGGGGGACCCACCUUAGCAGAAUUCCUCAAGAAAAUCCCCAGCAGGACCAAGACUCCAAACUGCCAUUCCUUUAGUGGCCGGCCGGCCCCUACGUCCUUUCCCGUACGUCCCACUUCGCAGACAGAAGUCCUUCAGCUACGAGACAGGAAGCCACCGGGGGUUUUGCCUGCAGUCCGAAAGAGGAAUCCUCAAGAUGCCACGGCUGAGAAGGGGAUGCUUCGGCCAGCUGUGGAGACCGAAAGGCUGAGGAGAGACCUUCUGGAGAUCUUUGUGGGCCAGGACAAGAAAGUUGAUUUUGUCCUCAUGAGUGAACCUUACUGUGAAGACCUCAACAAGCUUUCAGAGGCUAUUCUCAGUCUCACUUUCUGAGCCAAUGAACUUGUUAUAGUCAUCCUUUCCCCAAAAUAUAAAGCGGGUACAUGAAUGCAGCAACAUUCAAGAUAAUUUUGGACCUCCAGAUUGUUGGAGUGACCUCUUUGGGGCACCAUCUUACCGCAUGAGAAGAGGUACAUAAGAAACUGGCUACAUAACACUGUGUAGUAAAUUUUUAACACCUCUCCAUACCCUCCAUGGGGUCCUUGGAUAUGGAUCAUGUCCCAUUUACCAGCCCAUAGCAAUAGCUCAGUUCCAGAAAAAUGUGAUCUUUUUGAGUGGCACUGAAAUAACUCAGUGUUAGAUUCUUGCAUGCAAUAAAGCCCAUGUACAGCUAGCCAAAGGUAUGACAGAGUAGUAACCCUCUAGUUGCGCAGCUUCUUUUGUAGGGAAGUGUCUGCUGCAAAUGGAAAUUGAAUCUUAACUUCCAUGAUUCUCUUCUGGUCCAAAGGAAUUAUUGGAAUUGUGUUGUGAGAGGCAUCUCUAACAGGAUUCCCAGCAUCUAUACGACAAUUAGUUGCAGGGUAAAAACUUGUUAAUUGAAUUCCAGGGUGAUUUAAAAUGGAAUAGGGACCUUCUGAUGUAACCUCUUUUUAGAUCUAUUCAGAAGACAAGUCCUUAGAAUCUCAGGUUCCCUGUGAAAACUAUUGAUUGAGCUAUUUUAUAUUUUAAAAAAUCAUGUCCUAAGCAUGGUUGAGCAUCAUGUCUAAACUGAAAAAAAUAAGUUUUAUUCCGAUUUUAAAAGUGCCUUCUGAUUUGCAAGGGAUUCUGAUGUUUUGAGCCCCAUAUUUUUACUUCAAAAACAUUCCACCUGUUCCACAGUCUUGAAAGGAAAAUUCAAAAUUAUUUUCUUAAUUUAAAGAAUGGCAUAGGAAAAUCUUUUCAAAUUUCCAAUGGAAAUGAAGUUGUGUUUGCUUUUUAUAGAAUCUGUACAGCACGUUGAGCUAUUUUUUAAAAAUUAAAGAUAAAUUUGUUUCCCUUGGUCA